AUAAUGGAACUUUAUCCUAUUAUGAUAGCAAUAGAUGAUGCACAUAAUAUGGAUAAUGCUUCUUGGAAACUGUUAUAUAAUGCAGCUCGUGCAUAUCAUCAUAUUAUUUGUGUGUUAACAAUUUCUCAGACUGUCCACCAUUCCAAUUAUAUUGAUAAGAUAUUACAUGGGCAAAAUACUAUCAUCUCAAUGACAACUUUAGAUCCUUCUUAUGUAGGAAUACUAGCAUGCCAAAUACUUAAUGUUAUAGGAAUUCAUAAAGAUAUUGUUAGUAUUCUUCAGAAAUAUGGAAGAGGAAAUAAGCAAUGGAUUAAAACCUUAAUUCAAUAUCUGGACUCACAGGAUUAUAUUACAUGUGUUUCAUAUCCUGUUACACCACAGACUUAUGAAAAAUUUGAUUCUAAUUUUAUAUUUCCUUACAAGAAAUUUUUUGAUGAAGAACUGUAUAACCAGUAUUGGUCUGUUAUGGAAAAUAAGGAUUCAAAAAAUAAUACAAAUGUUAUCACAAUGUUUCCU